AUGCGUCAAUUUCGCUGGCUUGGAGGAAUCUCAAUCCAAUACGGUCUAGAACAACAAAAGCAACAAAACGACACAAUUGUUCGUCGCUUGGUCGAAAACAUAUACGUCGAUAACGUGCUCAUGAUUGACCACUCAACACAAUCACUUCUUCACACUUACCACGUCUGCAAAAAGAUUUUCAACAAUAUGUCUAUGAAUCUCCGUCAGUUCAUCACCAAUGACGAUGCCUGCAACAAUCUAAUCGACAAAAAAGACAAAUCCACAGCCUCGUCGAUAAAAAUUCUAGGCAUCCCGUGGAACCAUAACACUACUUACACUUCCAAUCCCACUAAACGUAAAAUUCUACAAGCUACCCAUUCCACGUUCGACCCUCUCGGACUACUUACACCUCUACUCCUCCAAGCAAAGCUUUUGCUACAAGACUUAUGGAAGCAACAACAUAAAUGGAAUGAAAUCCUUCCUGACGAAUAUAAUAACCUAUGGAAACUAAUAUGCGAACAAACUCAUGGAUUCACGGUACACGUUCCACGACCAAUCAUUUCCCCAACAGAAAGCCAAUAUGAACUUCACACGUUUGUAGACGCCUCCAAUAGGGCAUACGCUACAGUAACAUACCUAAGAGCCAUACAGAAAAAUGAAGCCAUUACGAACACGAUCUUAAUGGCCCGGCAACGACUAGCACUGAAAGAACUCAAAUUAAAAAUCACACUCAUUAAUAUUUACAGUGACUCACAAUCAUGGCUAGAGGAAAAAAUCAAUAUACACCUAUACUACAUCCCUUCCGAAAGCAACCCUGCAGAUUGUGCAACUAAAGGGAUUACCAAAGAACAAAUAAGACAAUCUCUAUGGUGGUCAGGUCCAGACUUCCUACAACAGGACCAAACCACGUGGCCACAGUUACAAGAAAUUCACUGCAACCUUAAGGAAGAAAACAUCGAAACUAGCCUUGACGAUAUAAAUGAAAAUGAACACACAACCUUCACAACUAUCUCAUCA